UACACUCGACAACCCGCCGCCGACGCCCGUCGCCCAUCGUUCGAUCAGUCGUUAUCUUGGACCAGUCCUGUUCGAACCUCGUACGCUCCUACUUCAAUCGUACCAGUCACCGUUUACUGCACAAUAUAAUAGUAUUAAUAACCGUCGAUCACGGGCGUGUAUAAAUAAACAAUAACCGAUACACUCGUCGUCGACGACUGUUUCGCCCAGUACCAUAUCAAUAUCUCGUAAACCAUAUCUUUCCAAAAAAUGGCUAACAACAGAGCAACCAAGUCUGGUUUCGCCGCCGAAGCGCAACGCAAAAUCAACAGCAAAUACAGCGAAGAGCUAGCACAAGAAUGUUUGGAGUGGGUAAGCAGCGUCACUGGUUUGCCAUUGAACACAUCUGGUGAUCCAGACAACUUUUUUGAAGUUCUUAAGGACGGACAAGUAUUAUGCCAAUUGGUAAACACUCUAAUUCCUGGAUCCGUUAAGAAAGUGAACACUAGUACGAUGGCUUUUAAGUGUAUGGAAAACAUCAAUAACUUUUUGGCUGUAGCUGUAUCCAUCGGCGUACCUUCUCAAGAAACCUUUCAAUCUGUAGAUUUGUGGGAACGUCAGAACUUGAACUCGGUGGUGAUUUGCUUGCAGUCAUUGGGUAGAAAGGCUGGUCAAUUCGGUGCUCCAAGUAUUGGACCGAAAGAAGCAGAGAAAAACAUUCGCAACUUUAGCGAAGACAAACUUAAAGCCGGCCAAACUAUCAUCAGUCUGCAAUAUGGAUCCAACAAGGGAGCAAAUCAAAGUGGACUUAAUUUUGGAAACACAAGACAUAUGUAAAAGGCUCGUCUUAUUUUCCACAAUGUUCCAUGCCCAAAUUUAUAUACAAAACUGAUGCCGAAUUUCCCAAAAUUCUCAGAUUUUAUAUACAGCCAACAAGUAUACUUAUACACUCCAGCGUAAUAUUUUAAACUUCCUCCUAUGUCAUAACCAUUCCAUAAUACCAGUAUUAUUACGUAUUUACGUAGGUGUAACUUAAUUAUUGUAUCUUACACAAACAAUUUAUAAUAAUUUCAUUUUGGGC